CAUCUGUUUUAAUUCUGAACGUGAUCUUCAAGGAGCACAGCCAAGACCCCAGUCCUCUUUUAUUUGACUACUGUACUCUGCCUUUGGCGUCUCUUGUCAAAGUUGGGCGAACCGCAGCUCCACCCCGCUGCCGCCGCCACUACUGCGCCGGGAUCUCCGCUUGGCUGCGAAUUCGCCGGUGUGGCCGUCACGAGCUGGGAGAAAGACGGCGGCGGCGCUCAUACUCUCCCUGUGCAUUGCGGCUUCCGCCAGUAAGGGGAAAAAAGUACAUCUGCAGUAACUGCAAUAGACAGUCGUUUAGUUUAAAAAGUGCGUUUGAAAUCUGCAACGCCUGUGCCUGAACAUUUAUCGAUGCCCCUGCCGCAAGUGCUACAGAAGAGGAGCCAGGCUCUCCAGAGACGCCUUCUGUGGGAGACCACCUUGGCGGAAGUGCGCGAGUUUCUGAAGAAAGAGGGGGAACAGAAAAGAGGCGCCAGACAUGAGAGCUUCAGCAGUGAUGAGAAAAUUCUCAGGUUUGACCAGGAGCAGAAUGUCCGUCUGGAGGAGGAGCUGCAGCUCAGUCAUCUGCGUCGGCUUGAAGAAGUCUUCUCUAGUUAUGUACCUUUGGGGGACAAGGCCAUGGAUGAGAAUGGGGGAAGAACAAACGGCAGAAAACCAGGACCACCACGCCAGCCUGGCUGCAUGACGCUGGCAGAGUUCCAGGAAACCCUCACCAGCCUGGUGGGCUCAGAAAAGUGGGCUGACCAGAUGGAGCUGCUUUUUAACAAGGUGGACACUUCAUGUGAUGGCUAUGUGGACUGGGAUGAAUUCUGCACUUACAUGCUGAUGCGGUACAAGGAGAAAGACUACGUGAAUAACGGACAGGACACCACUUUUACAUCACAGCCGCUGAUUAAACACUGCCUGCACAACAAGCAAGAAGUGACAACACGGAUGCUCGCAGUUCCCUCUCCUUCUCCACUUCGGUUUGUGAGUGUCAGUAAAGAAGGCAUCCUCACCAUUUGGGACUGCAACCUGCAAAUUCAGAAGUCGUGUGAUGUUUGCUCCAAGGCCGCUGAUUCACAAACAGGCAGAAGAAGGUUUAAAACGUGGGCCACCGAUGCUGUCUACAUGGCCAACGUUCACAAAAUUGCAGUGGCAACGACAAGCCGGGAUAUUCAUUUCUUCGACAUUUCCACCUCCAACUGUUUUGAAGAGUUCCACUUAUUUGCUCUUACUAAUGUGCCAACCUGCUUGUUUUACUGGUGCAAGCCAAAGGCCCCAGAAAGUUGUUCCUUACUUCUAUGGGGAGAUGAUGCUGGCAAUGUGAACCUGAUGUGGUUUCUGCGCCCACUUGUCGGCAUGUUUGAAAAGCCCUUUACAGAAGAGGAAGGACCUCAGAAGGUCUUCAUGCAGGAGAUCAAAGAACACCAUCGCCUGGUAUCACAUCAGUGUCUCACUGGGAUUCAUCCACAGCCUAUCUCCAAAAUUAUGUAUGUGCCCGAUGGGGACCUUGUGAUAACCUCCUCUGGCAGCCCCUCAAUGGCUGUUCACAUCAUGGACAUUCAGAGGAAGAAGAAGACAUACACAUGGAAGAUCAGCAAGGGUGUCACAUGCUUCGACUUCAGCAAACCGCUGAACUUGCUGGUGACUGGAGGCAUGGAUCAUAUGGUUCGCUUAUGGAAUCAGUAUGUGACAAGUGGGCCAGUGGCCAUUCUUCAAGGCCACUGCGUUACCCUACUGGAUGUGGCAAUUUAUGAGCCUUUGAGCCAGAUAUUCAGCUAUUCAAAAGAUGCGGUACUAAAGGUUUGGAGCAUAACAUCCCAGCGGUGCUUGAAGACACUAGUGCUGAAGUUCCCGAGUGUGCUGGCAGGUCACAUUCUUGAACAUGGAGAGUUCCCUUUCCUGCUGGUAAAGUCAACCCCCAGUGCCCUACUGGUCUCCUGUGGUGACUACAUUGGCCUGUUGCAGCUGCAGAAGGCUGACUCAGAGGACAGAGUGCCGGCCACUCACAAUGGCAGAGUCUCAGCAGCAGCAUACAAUUUUUUCUUCCAUCAGGUUGUUACCACUUGUGAAGAUUCAUCUCUGGCUGUCUGGGAUGUCGAGACGGGGGCAAAGUUUCUCCAGCUAAACAAUGUCCAUGGCAAGGAGGAAAUAACAUGUGUGAGCUUUGACGUUUCCCAAAGACACCUUAUAACAGGGGCCUGGAAUGGCACAAUCAAGAUCUGGAACAUACAAAAUGGCCACAGUUUGCACAAGCUGCAACCACUGGGUGAAGCAGAGGUAACAGGGCUCAUCAGUUUUCAAGAGCAUCGUUUGUUGGCCAUAGGCUGGAACAAAAAGCUGGCACUAUACAAUAUGGCCAACCCUGAGGAUGUGCACAUCAUGGCAGACAUUUCUUGGCUCGAUGGUCAGCUUCACAAGGAGGACAUCCUGGCAGUAGACUAUUGCCCUUCAUUAGGUCUUGUAGCAACAGGCAGCUUUGAUGGGGAGAUUAUUGUGUGGAACUUGGAGAGACAGAGAGUGGUCUUUUACCUGAGAAAGAGUCCCAGCAGAAGGCCUACCACCGCCCGCUCAGCAAAAAAAGGACAAUCUGCUUGCAGAUCAAGAUGCAGCUCCAAGGCCAACAGCACACAUUCUGGACACAAUGACUCUCCAGCUCCUGUAGAUAAGCUCCUCUUUCUCCAGCACCGUGCCACCAGUAAGACCUGGAUCAGCAAAUCCAUUCUUGUCAGCUCUGAGGCUGGUGAACUUCACUGGUGGAGCUUGUCAGGAUCAAGACACAGCAACAGCUACUUCUAUGCACCAGCAGAGCCUGAGGAGUCGGUCCUCACUCUCUCGACUGAUGAGCUGAACAGAUAUCUUGUAUCAGGGGAUACAGCCGGCACAAUAAGAGUGUGGAAUAUUACAGAUUAUGGACUCCAGAUAAUCGACCAGAAAUCUUCUCUGGACCCCCCACUGCUGUUCAGCUGGAAGGCUCAUUUGGGCACCAUCGUCAGUGCACAGCACUUCUCCCUUCAUUCACAGUCUUUUAUUAUGAGUGCAUCAGCUGACCAAACAGCAAGAAUCUGGACUUUGGGUGGCAAGUUUGUGGGGACCUUUGGACAGGAGAAGAGGUGGAAUCUCGAAAACCCUUCAACGUACCAACACCCCCGGAACCCUUGGGGACAGGUGAACAAAGUGGAAACAAAGCAGAAUGGGGCCCCAGUGCAAACAGACCUGGGUACUGAAGAAUCACCAGCCCAAAGCAGCAAGGACAAAAGCCAUAGGUAUGACGCUGCCAGCUUAGGUCAAGAAUUCACGAUUAAAGAGCUAAGGGAUGCAAGCUGUUAUGUGUCAACAUCCAGAUCAUUGUCGGAGCACGGCUGCAAGGCAAUACCCAGUCAAACCCUUCCCAGUGUGAGCAUUCAUCAAUGUAAGAGCUCUUUUGAUGCAUUGUUUGAAGAAGACCCGAUGAAGAAAAUAUGUAAUCGCCAGGCAAGACGGAGUAUGUUUGGGAGAAUUAAUGCUCAGAAACUUUGCCGAUUUGGAGGAGUGUGUACCCCUUUUCAAGUUCUGGCAACUCCGGAUAUGGAGGAAUUUAUCCUGCCCAAUGACCUACCCGGAAGCAAUUGGAUGUCAAGCCAUGAAUUCAAACAACUUCUAGAACCCCAUACUCCAGAAGCCCAAUCUUUGGAACGUGAUGAGCAAAGUGAAAUGAAAAGCUGGCAUAUAGCCUCAGGAAAGGACUGUUUCCUUCCACCCAUUGGGCUGAAGACUGAUCCUUAGCAUUGAACUUUGGAUCCUCACAACAGCUCUGGAUUACCAAAUCAUAUGGGUGUGUGCGUGACAGAAGUAAAAGACAUGCAAAGGGUAAAAGUGAGUCUCCCUCUGAAAAAAGGAAAAGUGAACCAAGGCCCACAAGGCAAUGCUAAUAAAAGAAGCCAUUAUGACAGCAUUCCUUUACUAGUUUGAUUUGAGAGCUUGACCACAAAAGGGACUUCAGCUCAGAUGCUCACGAACUGGCAUGAAGGAGACAAUUGCUUGUAAAAAAAAUUAAAAUUCAGUUACAUUAAUUAAAAGGGGGCUGCAAAUGUCAAGAAGAUGAUGAAAAUACAAAGUGAUUUUGGACCACGGUGAGCCUUAAAUAGCAAUACAAAUGGAAAUACAAAUCUUCUCUGCUAAGUAAUUUGAAAAAAAAAAUCCUAAACUCAUCAUCUGUUCUCUGUAUAGCACAUUUCAGAGCUUUCAUGUGAUACCAAUAUAAAAUGAAACAACUCAAUAAAAUAAUG